AUGUUGAACAACAUGGAUUUGAACGCCAAAGAUUCUUUUUACCCUCAGUUUGACACCUGCAGCGGCUCUUCUCUGGGCACGGACGCCGGCGCGAGGAAGGACAACCUGGACUCGUUCGGCGACGCGGAGCGCUCGGUGCCCGCGCAGUUCGGCCACGAAGGAGCCCCCGCGACCCUCAAAACCGAAGCUUCCAACUCGGAAUACGCGUUUAACCCUUGCGAGGGUCCCAAAGACGCCUACACCCCUUCGUCGCUCGCCUACUCCGGCAGCUUCUACGUGGAAGCCUCUCAGGGGGCGCCGUGCACCACCGAGACGCUCCUCAACAUGAUCACCGAGAUCGUGGGCAUAUCCACCAUGCAGCUCUCCGAAGCCCAGCAGCAGCACAGCGCCAACAGCCGGGGGGCUUCGUACACGCCCCCUAUGGACAGCGCGCCUUACGGGGACGCCAAGAGGCAACCCUUCGCCUGCCGGGCGCCCACACCCCCGCCCUACCCGCCCUCCUCCGACUUCACCCGGGACCAGGCCGACCCCCCGGCCCCGGAGCCCUCCACCUCCCAGCUCGGCUUCGCCAAGGCCGAGCCCAAGUCCGAGGCGGCCUCGUUCCCCGUGGUGGUCAAGAAUGAGUUCGAGAGCUACGAGUGGGGGGCUUUCUGCAAAUCCGACUGCUUGGAAAGCAGCUUCCACACGGAGACGUCCUUCCCCAUGUCCAACGACUUCCCGCCCGAGCAGCAGAUGGACGUGAAGGAACUUCUGGACACCUUCCCGGCCAUGUGCCCCAACGCGGACGUGGAGUUCAAAGUGGAAGGGGGCAUCAAGCAGGAGCAGUGCUUCCCCGACACGUGCUCGCAGAGCCAGCACAGCUACGCGUACAACGGCUACCUCCCCCCGCCCAUGGGCCUCUCCUCCAGCCUGAAGCCAUACCCCGAAGGCCCUCCAGCAUCCAACCAGUGUGACUCCAUCUACGCCUCCCCCGCUUUGCCCAGCACCAUAGACUCCAUCCUCUACUCGUCCCUGCUGCCCGACUCCUUCGCCCAAAGUUACACCACCCGUGCCGCCGCCACUUCCACCUCGACCGCCGCCACCGCCGCCGUCAAGCCCCCUAGGGCCCGCAAGAGCGCCGCCUCCUCCUCCUCCUCCUCCUCCUCCUCUUCGCACGGCCCGCCCAAGGAGAAGCCCUUCACCUGCCCCAUGGAGAGCUGCGACCGCCGCUUCUCGCGCUCGGACGAACUCAACCGCCACAUCCGCAUCCACACGGGCCACAAGCCCUUCCAGUGCCGCAUCUGCCUGCGCAGCUUCAGCCGGAGCGACCACCUGACCACGCACACCCGGACUCACACGGGCGAGAAGCCGUUCUCCUGCGACGUGUGCGGCAAGCGCUUCGCCCGCAGCGACGAGCGCAAGCGGCACGGACGCGUGCACCAGAAGCAGAAGGAGAAAAUGGAGCUCAAGCCCCAAGUGACUCCCAACGCGUGGCCCUUCGCCCUGCCCGAGGGCAUUUGA